UCAGCCUCCGCUAUUUUCCUCAGCAACUGCAACCGCUUGAUCAUCUGCAUUAUUCUAGGGUUCUUUCUUGCUUUGCAUCUCUUAAGUGAGGAUUUAUUCACAUAUUCGUAAUAGAGCUGGCUCCAUUUGCGAAUAAUGGAUGAAAAGCGCAGCGCAUCCUGUCAGUAUGGAUCACUGGAAUGCACGAAAUGGAAAACAGAUGUUGACCAAACAGAAGCAGAUGUGGUCUCAAUGGCAGACUCUACUAUCACAGUGGGGGACAUUGAGGGAGAACUUUUUAAGAUCGAACGGAUCAAAGACAUUCUGAUCAGGAGAGAGUCUGAGCUCAGAUACAUGAUGGAUGAUAUCCAGCUAUGUAAAGAAAUUACAAGGCUGAAAAAAGAACUUCAAAAGCUUCUAUCUAUCCCAGAUAAUGACAAGUCUAAUGAAGACAAACAGAAGGAGGAAGAGCUCCUGCAACAGAUUCAUAAAUUAGUGGAGGCUCGAGACUUCCUGGUGGAUGACGUGGAGUUUGAGCGUCUCAGGGAACGAGAGGAGGACAAAGAAAUGGCUGAAUUUCUAAAGUCCAAGUUAUCAAAAUUUCGUCAAGCCAAGAAUACUGCUCGCAGUGGGAGAAGGCCCCCAAGAGCGCAGCAGAACUCAACGCCCUUUGUGACCAAGACCGGCCUCACUUUGCUGAAAGAGUGCUGUGGUUACACCUGCUCUAUAAUGUAAAAGACAUUAUUUCAGCCAUGGCAGAAGAAACACAAUGCAGUUCUAGAGCCUUGGAUGUGGAUGACCUUUUAAUGUCACCAGGAAACUCAAAGAACAUGAGCUUUCUGAAAGACAAUGCUAUGAAAUCUGGUAGCGAAUA